AUGCAAUUUUAUUGUAAACUUGAUGAAAGGCCCGUUGACGAUAAUCGAUCAUUUGAUUAUGAAAUCGAAAUUAAGGAUACGGAUCCUGAGCUAUUUUUGCAAAUGCUUAAAUAUCUCUGCACUGGAGACGUUAUUUACGAAAGAGAUGAGUCUUCACAUUUUCUUAAGAAUGCAAUAGAACUAUACAGUAUUGCUGACAAAUAUUUAUUGGACGAAUUUCGAGACCAAACAGAAAAAUAUAUAAUUUCUUCAAUGACUAUUGAGAACGCAGCAGCAAUUCAUUUCAAAUCCGCUUACCGCUGGCCAGAAUUAAAAAAGAAAGUUAAGCAAUUUGUGGCUGACAAUUUUGCUGCGAUAAUCAAAACCCCGUGCUAUGAGCAUAUAGUCAAGAAUCGAGACGAAUAUCCCGCCUUUUUUGAAAUUAACACGGAAAUUCUCAUGAAUCCUCAUAAAAAAGAACUUGCUGAUUACGAUUAA